CCCUCCCUCUGACGGUGCCCAUGAAGUGCAGAGCGCAGGGGUGGCCCCGACAGAGCGGGAGCUGCCGCCGCCGCCGCCGCUACUGCUGCUGCUGUAACGCCCAUUACAGCUCCUGACACAGUGAAGGAACUGGCGUGGGUGCAGAAUUAGCGCUGUCACACCGGGGCUGUAUCGGCAGUACAGGCGGCCAAAGCAAGGGCGAAGGUGGGGAGGAGAGAGAGAGAAUAGAUACAUCUGGCAACAAGACCAUUGUUAGUCACAGCUGAUUCCCGGGGUCAGCCGCUGACAGAGGCGAAAGCGAACUUGAGUUGCAAUUGCACAGGCGUCGGAGCCGCGGGCAGGGCGAGUGGAAGCGGAAGCGGCUGUGAACGCCCCCACCCACCCCACAAGGACCGGAGAGAGAGGUGGGGGUGUAAGUGUGUACCGAGCCCGUGAACCCACCAUGGGGCACCCGCCGCUGGAGUUCAGUGACUGCUCUCUCGACAGCCCCGACUUCAGGGAGCGCCUGAAAUCUUACGAGCAGGAGCUGGAGAAGACGAACAAAUUCAUCAAGGAAGUGAUCAAAGACGGCAACUCGCUGAUCAGUGCCAUCAGGAAUUACUCCUCCGCUGUGUCAAAGUUUUCACAGAGCCUACAUGCGUUCCAGUUUGAGUUCAUUGGCGAUACAUUAACAGAUGAUGAGAUUAAUAUCGCUGAAUCCUUCAAGGAAUUUGCAGGGCUGCUGCAGGAAGUGGAAGACGAAAGGGUCAUGAUGAUUCAGAAUUCCAGCAAUUUCUUAAUUAAACCUUUGGAGAGCUUUAAGAGGGACCAUAUUGGAGUUGCAAAGGAGAAAAAGAAAAAGUUUGAAAAAGAAAGUGAGAAGUUCCACUCUGCACUUGACCGACAUCUUAGUCUCUCCUCGAAGAAGAAGGAGUCCCACCUGCAGGAGGCCGACGUGCAGGUUGACAGAGAGAGGCAGAACUUCUACGAAGCAUCUUUAGAGUACGUUUACAAAAUUCAAGAGGUUCAUGAGAGAAAGAAGUUUGAGGUGGUGGAGCCAGUACUGGCAUUUCUCCAUAGUCUUCUCACUUUUCAACACUUGACAUUUGAGCUGACUCAGGAUUUCUUGCCCUAUAAACAGCAGCUACAGCUAAGUCUACAACAUACGAGGAACCACUUCAUGGGCACUCGGGAAGAGAUGGAGGACCUUAUGAAACGAAUGAAAGAAGCUCCACAAUCCUGCAAGUUACCAGGACAACCCACCAUCGAAGGCUACCUCUUCUUUCAGGAGAAACGGGCUCUAGGAUUUUCGUGGGUGAAAUAUUAUUGCAAGUACGUGAAAGAUGCCAAAGCUCUAACCAUGAUAUCCUGUGAUCCAAAACCUGGGGUAAAGCAAGAAUUUAAACUGAAGUCCUGCAUUCGGAGGAAAACCGAAUCCAUUGACAAGCGAUUCUGCUUUGACAUUGAGUUGGUUGAAAGGCCGGGCCCUGUCACACUGCAAGCACUAUCAGAAGCCAACAGAAAGUUAUGGAUUGAAGCAAUGGAUGGCAAAGAGCCGAUCUAUAUCACUCCAAAUGCGAAACCAGAGGAAAUGCAAUUGACUGAGCUUGGCUUGAGGUUUAUGAGGAGAUGCAUCAAUGCAGUGGAGUCCCAAGGGAUUACUAGCGAGGGUGUUUACAGAACCGUUGGCAGCAGCUUUCAAGUACAGAAACUACUAACUCAGUAUUUUGAUCUAAACCAUCCGGGUGAUGUUGACCUGCAGAACAGCGAGUGGGACAUAAAGACAAUCACCAGCGCACUGAAGCACUACCUCAGGAAUCUUGAAGAGCCAGUGAUGACUUACAAGCUGCACAAAGAAAUCCUCUCGGCAUCCAAGUCGGACAACCUGGAUUAUCGGCUGGGCGCCAUUCACUCCUUGGUGUACAAGCUACCUGAGAAGAAUCGGGAAGUACUUGACCUUAUAAUUAAACAUCUAAUGAAUGUUUGCAGCCACAGUAAGGAGAACUUGAUGACUGCUUCCAACAUGGGAGUGAUAUUCGGGCCCACCUUGAUGAGACCACAGGAAGACACUGUCGCGGCCAUGAUGAACAUCAAGUUUCAGAACAUCGUUGUGGAAAUCCUUAUUGAACAUUAUGAAAAGAUAUUCCACUCCCUGCCUGAGGAUAACGCUGCUCCUCCAAUACCGCCACCUAGAGCGGCGCCUCGGAAACGGCAGCCAAUCACAAUCUCCAAGCGGCCGGCUCGCCAUCGCCCCAAUCUCAGCAUGUCGGGUUCAGUGGACGUGGAAGGUCAGCAUCCUUGUGGCGCAGGGAACGCAAACCAAAAUGCAAAUGGAGGCCAUCAUCUGGAGCUGGGCAUUGUGGGCUCCCCCCCCAGCCCAAUCCCACUGCAGCGAUCGACGAGGCCAAUCCUGGGCAGUGUGCGUGCGGCAGACGUCGAGGCUCCUGCUCGAUACGCUGCCGGCAGCCAGAACUCAGAGAUGGACGGAGGAAAACCUGCACCAAAAUUGAAAGAAGGCGGUCUAAAGAUGGGGCCAAAGUUUGUAAAUGGGGCACUUGUGCCAGACCAGACCUCUGCCGGUGUCUCUCGAGCAUCAUCCUUUCAAUCAAAGGCACUUUCUUCCAAAAUGUUUUACACUGAUGAUGGUGAUUAUAGUAACGUUAAUGUACAUCGGCCCCACCAUGAGAGGAGUUCGUCAGGUCUACAGCGGCCGCCCAUGAGACCACCGGAUCCUCCUAGUCGGGAUAAGGUCCCUCCACCGCUGAGAAUGGAGCCUCCCAGCAGCAUGGAAGACACCCCACCAUCAGUGGUUGCUUCCAGAGCCAAGUUUUUUGAAAAGGCUGCUAGAGUAUCAGGCAGUGUGAACCCUUCUCCGCCCCUGUCCCCGCCUGUAAGCCGCAACAACGCUGCGAAAGAUGAGACUUCAUGAGAGAAAGGCCUAGCUGGUUUCAGGGAAGCCUCUGAUCAGAACUGGAACAAAUAUUUAUGUGAACUGCCGCACCUAUCAAGAUCACAUCUGGAACAUCCUCCAGUUACUGCAAAUGCAUCUUCACCAGGAGUUGUUCCAUCCCAGCCAGUGAAGUAGUGGACUGCUUUGAGUGGUGGUGUCCUUCAGCUAAUUGUUGCAUUUCCUUCCCUUCAAUCUAUUCUGCUGCAAGAUUGCAUAAUCCCAUCUUGUCUUUUUUUCCCCCUGAACACCCAGCCCUGUUUUUGAGAGGUCAGCUGUGUAUUUAAUCAAGAAAUGUUAAAGUACUACUGGUAAUACGUACAAACUUCGUUAAAUGUGCAAUGUAUUUUAUGUAAAACACCCCGCAAAAUGUGGGGCUUAGUGUUGGGAAGAUUUUGCUCGACCAUCAAUCCAACUAGGGUAAAUAUAAGAAAAGAUGUCAUGACUGUACAAUUUUUUUGAUUCAAAGCAUAAAUAGUAAUUUUGUAACAUAUGAAGGACUGUUUAUAUCUCAAUCGUGUUAUCAGUGAAGAUUAUUCUCACUGGCUGCAGGGUGGGUAGUGAGAGCUUCAACUAGAAGCCAUGCUAUUCUUCGGAGGAGUUCAGGCAGCAACAUGUCCUGUUGUAUCAAAAGAUUACUGUGAUUUGUUGCCCUUUAUGUUGAACUGUGACACUGACAUUGGCAACCUGGUUUUUGCAACUUGGUUCCCAGCCCCAGCUGCCUCUGAUCGAAGGAAUUGCUGGACCCCAGUUGGAGCACAGUAAAGACGACCAAUAUCCAGCAAAUCAGCGCUAAAACCAGCAUCUCACAAUGUAACAGGUUGCGUCCUGUCAACCUAUUAAUCUCACAUUGGUGGAGAAUGGAUUUUUAGUUCAUUAUUUACUUCAUGUUUAAUUAGUAUUUUUAGAGUAACUCUAUUUCUUAAAAAGGACACUUAUUGAAUGCAUUCCAUUGAAGUAAUUUGGCAACUGGACACUUUUAGUACCUGCCUUUGGUUCCAUGUUAGGCUGUGGAGCGCCGCCUAAUCACUAGACAAUGCCAGGCUCCCACACAAAAGGAGCAGGAACCCACAAUCCAGAUGUGGAGAACAAUCCGUCCCUCAUCUACCAACAUCUGGCAGUGCAAAGGAGAGGCAAAGUUCCUGGAACUGGAGAGACUGAUCCAUCUGGUGUAUUCUUCCCCAUUUGGGAUGAGUAGUCUCGUUUGGGGAGAUCAAAGGGAAUGUUUCUAACACAGGUUUUGAACCUGAGCCUUUUUGAUCUCGCUGCAGAGUCCAAAGCUGUGAGAUCUUUCAUUCCCCAGUUCUAACACUCUGGCUAACACACCUCACGAUAAUAAACUUUCACAAAGAAAAGAAGAAUCCAUAAAGCAACUAAUUAAAGACAGUUGUUGUAUAUAUAGAGUUCCUUCAUAUGCAGUGAUUGAUAGAUUAUUUAAAAAAAUAUGUUGCUCAGUGCACAUUCCUGAUGUCCAUUAGAUAACACCCCUGUAAAUCAUGGUUACUUUGUAAACUACAGUGCAAUUAAAUUAUUGGGCAAAUAACAUUUUCUGGUUUAAAAAAAAUGUAUUCAUCACUUAGUUCACUUUUUUAUUGAUUUGGAUGUAAAUUGCCCUGUUGGAAAAUGUAUUUAUCGUUUAAAAAUGAUUCAAUGGCCUUAGAUCUUUUCUCUCCCAACAGAAUGUUGUAGCUGCUUAGCCACUGGUUUAAAUCAUCCUGUUUUAAACAUGGAAGUGUGCAGCAAUCCUGAAAAUCUUUGAGUCAUCACGGUCAUCUUUGGUCACACAGCAGUUGGGAAUUUUAUACCUAGUAAACAACACUGAUAUACAUUGGAUAAAGACACCACGACCCUUAAAUUGGCAGUUGCACUGAUGUGGAUUGUAAGGCAGACACAGCAAGAGUUGGGUGGCUUCAAUACGAUCAACAUUUAUGUUAUUCGAAGCUUGAUAUCAUGGAGAUUAGUUGUUGUGUGUCACCGUCACAAAAUAUGUCUAUUUCUCAAUGAGGGGUGUCAUGCUGUGAAGUUUAUUUUAAUUGACAUAAAUCUCUUUUCCCAUUUACAAAGUAAUGAAGAGACAAGUAAUG